GUUGCCUAUCAACCAUACAUACACCGUCACCGGCCCGAUCCAUUACAGCCAUGCUAGGGCUUGUUGAGUGUCAGUGUCGUAGAUGAGACACUAACUGAAUGAUGGCCUAAUCCUCAGCAUUUUGUUUUUCCCAUAACUAUUAAACCUUCACGCGGAAAUCCUGAACUGGAAUCUUGAUAAUAUUACGGAUAUUUUGGGAUAUUACAGCAGUAGCUAACCGAGAGCUAUUUGGCUUUGACCACUCCGGCCAGGUGGAGUUUCAGGAUGCAGCAGUACUGAGGAUGCUGAUUGUAUUAGUUUUGCUCAUGAUGGCGGGGAGCAGUGAAACAGAGGGCUGCAUAGGCCAGAAGGAAUGCUCCAGCGCCAACAGCUCCAACAGCAACAACACCUCCAAGGACUACUGCUAUACGGCCCGGAUCCGCAGCACCGUGCUCCAGGGCCUGCCCUUCGGAGGAGUGCCCACCGUACUCGCGCUCGACUUCAUGUGCUUCUUGGUGCUGCUGUGUGUGUUCUCUGUCUUGAGGAAGGUGGCGUGGGAUUAUGGCCGUCUCGCAUUGGUCUCUGAUGCCGACAGUAGGCGGAAUCAGCACUAUCAACGUCUGGACGAGGAAUAUGUGGCCUCCGCCAUGCAGACGCCUGCUGACUCCCGAUACGAGCGUCUCACCUCUGUGUCCAGCUCGGUCGACUUUGACCAAAGGGACAACGGUUUCUGUUCCUGGCUAACAGCCAUCUUCAGGAUAAAAGAUGAUGAGAUCAGGGAGAAGUGUGGCGAGGAUGCCGUGCACUACCUCUCAUUCCAGAGGCACAUCAUUGGACUGUUGGUGGUGGUGGGCGUGCUCUCCGUGGGCAUUGUCCUGCCCGUCAACUUCUCAGGAGACCUAUUAGAAAAUAAUGCCUACAGUUUUGGGCGAACUACAAUAGCCAACUUAAAUUCAGAUAAUAACCUGCUAUGGCUACACACUACAUUUGCCUGCUUAUAUCUGUUACUGACUGUGUACAGCAUGAGGAGACACACAUCAAAGAUGCACUACAAAGAGGAUGACUUGGUGAAACGCACUUUAUUCAUUAACGGGAUCGCCAAAUAUGCAGAAGAGAGUGAAAUAAAGCAGCAUUUUGAGAAAGCAUAUGAAAACUGCAUUGUUCUGGAUGCUCGCAUUUGUUACGAUGUUGCCAAGCUUAUGUCUCUGGAGUCUGAAAGGAAAAAGGCAGAACGCAGCAAAAAGUUCUACACGGACCUGAUGUCCAAGGAGCACAUCCCCACUAUGAUUAACCCCAAACCCUGCGGACACCUCUGCUGCUGCAUCAUCAAUGGCUGCGAGCAGGAAGAGGCUGUCCACUACUACACUAAGCUUGAGGCCAAACUAAAGGAAGAAUACAGAAAAGAACGUGAGAAAGUUAACACUAAACCUCUGGGAAUGGCUUUUGUUACCUUCCAGAAUGAAGCCAUGACAUCCCUCAUCCUGAAAGAUUUUAAUGCGUGUCAGUGUCACGGCUGUCACUGUCGACGAGAGCCGAAGUCCUCCCCCUUCAGCAACGGCCUCAGCACAUUCAACUGGACGGUCACAUAUGCUCCAGAUCCACAGAAUGUUUACUGGGAGCAUUUGUCCAUUGGUGGCCUCAACUGGUGGCUCCGCUGCCUUGUCAUCAACUGCUUUCUCUUCAUCUUGCUCUUCUUCCUCACCACCCCUGCCAUUAUCAUCACCACCAUGGACAAGUUCAACGUCACCAAACCCGUGGAGUACCUGAACAACCCCAUCAUCACUCAGUUCUUCCCCACCCUGCUGUUGUGGUGCUUCUCAGCCCUCCUCCCCACCAUCGUCUACUACUCUGCCUUCUUUGAGGCCCACUGGACACGAUCUGGAGAGAACAGAACCACCAUGCACAAAUGCUACACCUUCCUCAUCUUUAUGGUUCUGCUGCUGCCAUCUCUAGGCCUGAGCAGUUUGGAUGUUUUCUUCCGCUGGCUCUUUGACAAGACAUUUCUUGACCAGGCAAAAGUCAGAUUCGAGUGUGUCUUCCUUCCAGAUAAUGGAGCUUUCUUUGUGAACUAUGUUAUCGCGUCUGCUUUCAUUGGUAACGCCAUGGACCUGUUACGCAUUCCUUAUUUUCUCAUGUACAUGAUCCGACUGUGUCUGGCACGUUCAGCUGCCGAGAGGCGCAACGUAAAGAAGCAUCAAGCUUAUGAGUUCCAGUUUGGAGCUGCUUAUGCCUGGAUGAUGAACGUCUUCACUGUGGUCAUGACCUACAGCAUCACCUGUCCAAUUAUUGUACCAUUUGGCUUGAUGUACAUGCUACUGAAGCACCUGGUGGACAGGUAUAACAUGUAUUAUGCCUACCUGCCCUCCAAACUGGAUAAGAAAAUCCACUCUGGAGCUGUCAACCAAGUGGUGGCAGCACCCAUCCUCUGCCUCUUCUGGCUUCUCUUCUUCUCUACUGUCCGUACAGGUUUUAAAGCUCCAACAUCAAUGUUUACUUUUGUGGUUCUGAUCAUCACCAUCAUCAUCUGCCUCUCCCAUGUCGUCUUCGGUCAUUUCAAAUACCUCAGUGCGCACAAUUAUAAGGUUGACAUGGACGGUGUGGACAAUGGACAACCACCAGGUUCAUCCCCACCUGUCAAGUCUAUGCAGACGUACGUCGCCCAAGUGCUACAGGACGAGAAGGGCAGUGGCGAGGACGAGGGCCAGGGGUCCUCACAAGAUGAGGAAGUGGUGACCGAGGGUGAUUUCCAGUCAGGAGAGGACAGCCUUAUUGAGAACGAGGUGCAUCAGUGACCCAUGCUAGGGCCACACCAUGUGCUGAACUUAAGAGAAACUAGCAGGAGAUCCACUACACCUCACUACACUUACUCUGUGUGCGUGUGUGUGUGUGUGCGCGUGCGUGUGUGUGUGAAUCCAUCAUGGCUGACAGCUAAAACACUCCUUUAUCAUUGAGGCUUGGAGACAGGAUGGCCAAUUGUCAAGAAUCUGAAGUGGCUUGUGAUUGUCCUCCAACUAUAAGAAACUGGUUCAUCAUAGUUUCAUAGUUCAUUGUUUGCCCUGUUCGUACAGCAUUUGGUCAAUAGUAGCAAGUUUCUCGCCCUUACAAGCGAACGUCUAGUAAAUAAUACCAAAAAUAGUAAUGAUCACUCAUAAUUUGCCAUUUAAAAUUUUAAUUUACCUAUGUUAUGAUGAAUUGAAACCGCUAUAGUGCCAUCUCAGGUGGGCAGUAAAAUCGCAUAUCAGGGCGGAUAUCACCUCCAAAUCUUUUGCAUAAAGAAAGUAUCAGAAGAUUUCUUAGAUAGAAAUACAUAGGGUUACAUUGGGUAAUAGUCGAUUUAUACAGUUAAAAACAAAAAUAGAUGUACAAUUUCUAUCUGUUUACCAUCUUUCAGUGAUUUCAGUGACAAUAUUGUGAGAAAUCACAUGUAUUAGAAAUGCUUGUGGAAUAAACAUCCAUCCGAAUGACAGACUGUUGAGCUGAGGUUUUGAGUUUGGCAAGGGAACCUUUAAAAACCAAAUCUUGUUCUUUUCUUGGCUGAUAUGGCACUAUAGCACAAUAUGCAGAUUAAUUAAUGCAACUUUCCAUUGUUCUCUAACAAGUGAAUGUAUUUAACAUAAAGGCCAUUACUAAUGGAAAACUCACUCCAGCCUGCUGAAUAAACGUAUUAUGAGGAAAACAGCCGCCGAACACUUAAUUGUCUCAACUGGAAAAGCCACUUUCAGACUGUCCUACAGACUCGAAGGCAAUUCGCCAUCCCUGUAACUUUUCAAGGUCAAAGUCAAACGCAUAUCCCACCGUCUUCUGCGCAUCUAAUGUGUCAAGAGUUUAGACAUAAUCCUUCGCAUUACUAAUCCAUACUUGCGCUAGUAUGCGUGAUACGACACUGCUUUCUGAAUGAAUCAGGCACCAAAUGGACCAACUUUGUGUUGCUCUACUGUGGAAUGUUCUGUCCAUGACUGAUACCGUAGCAAACUGAACUUAAACGCACAGCAGAUUCCCUAUGUUGACCUUAAGGUGGGAUUUUUCUUUUUAUUAUGCAUGGGUAUGAUGGUUUCAUCAGUUUUUUUUUUUUUUUUUUGGCGCUAACAAGUGAUAAUGUAGACAUUAACCAUUAAACAUCAAACAUAUAUUACUACUUAUAAAUUACUGUGCAUUGGAAACAUACCCAGAAUCUUUGAACAUCCUUAAAAUUGGGUAAUAUAUGAUGAUAGCAAGAUCUCAUUGGGUCAUAUAAGCAUAUGUGUCUUUAAUAUGGCCUUCUUUAUUGCUAUUGUGGUGUGUUCCUUUGCAUUUUUUACAAGAGAACUGGAAAUAAUAGAAUCCGUGCUUUGGUUCUUCUUACCUGUGUGCAUUCACUGACACUUGCAGUUCUGAGAUCAUUUGAUUGGGUUUAUGCAUCAUUUAGUGGUUGAAGCCUGAAAAAAAGAAUAAAAAAUUUAGUACAAUUACCACUAUUUAUUGACCACUGAUUUUAUUUUUUUUUGACAACUACACUCUUUAUAUCUGUUUGUCGCCAUGUUCGGACAUUUAUGCUACUUUGUCCAUUAUAUACAAAUUGCAUUUUUGCUCUCUGUGCAAGUCAGAACUGGAAACAUAACAUUUUUUUGGAGCAGACAAAGGCUGUGCCCGAGUACUUGCUUUAACAUCAUUUUAUUUUCUUUGUCCAGCCCCUAAUUUUGUUAAUCGUUCCUGCUGGUGGACCUAAAUAGUUCUCAUUGUGUCAUUUGUUUACAGGAAUAGCAAUGCAGUGUUUGAACUGUCAUCUUCUGCAACAAAUGUUGACUUGAAACAGUCACCAGGUGUAAGCUUGUGAAUUAGAACAUUAGGAAGCUAAUCAGUGAUAUUUUUAGUAGGGAUGCACCGAUACCAAGCUCGUGUACUUGUACUCGUAAAAAUACCCCCGAUACCGAAGACCGAUACCUCACGUGACAUAACUGACAGAAUUUUCCAUGCACAGUGUGGAAAUACUUUAAAAUUAAUGACAACCCACACAUUGCGAACUGCAUGCUGAAUGACACAGACCAGAAGCGCUCUCUCUCUCUUGCGCGUGAUCCCAGUACUCUCAGACAGCGCGCGAUCAGUUCUCCUUGCGCCUGAAUGGUCAAAUGCACAAAUGUCUAUAGUUGUCAAUGUCCAUCGUGUUAAGUAUUUCACGUAAAUACAGUCGGUUAUGGCUUAAGUGGAUGUAAACACUGGGUGAAAACAGGAUGUGUGUCAGUAUUACAUCCAUGGAUUCGCUCUUAAAAUGACAGUAGCCUAAUUAAAUAUUUGUCUGUUAAUAAAACAACAAAAGAUGUUAAAUUAAUAUAAAUAUAAAUAUAGGCAUCGGUAUCGGCGAGUACCAGGAAAAAAAUAUCGGUACUCAUACUCAGUCCUUAAAAAAUGGUAUCGCUGCAUCCCUAAUUUUUAGUUAAUUUAUGUAUAUAAUCACACUAAUCUACCAAUCACUGAGGAGCUAUGUAACUUUUAAAUGCAAAUAACACUGUAGGCUAUGCACUUCAUGUGAAAUACUGUAUGUAACAUUAUCAUGGUGUAUGUAACAAUUUCAAGCCAUUUUGUUUUUCUCAUUGAUCUUGUUUGGACAACAUUGAGUAACUCUGUACGUCUGACGCUCUUGCUGCUUAGAUACUGUAGGUGAUGUCCGUAUGACUGCAUCCCGGAUCUGUUUAAGGAAAAACACUGUUCUGAAGCAUGAUGCGGUGGCAAUAAUUUAUUUAUGCAUCUUUAUGACUUUUCCUGUUUGUUACAGAUGUUGUCCACAGUAUUUAUUUCAUUUGUCUAUUAUUUUAUUCCAUCUUUUGAAUUAACUGGCUGUUGACCUGGAAUGAAGAGGUUAAAUCACUGUAAUAUUUUUGUAAAUAGAAGCAUUGCGCUGCUCUCGGAACUUAACUGUAUUAACAUUUGUACAGCUUAGUCAGCGAAAACGUGUACAGUCAACCAUGAAUUGUUUGCUUUUGUCCAUUCAGAUUUCCCCUAAGAUCGUACUAUGCUUGCGAUUUGCUGUUUUUAAUAGUUUUGUAUCUCAACCUCCCCUCAAAUGAUCUUUUGUACAGUGUCAUCUCCAAACUCUUACAUGUCUUUGAACAAUAAAAUAGACAUUUACUGACAAAACCAUAUAAA